CUCGUCCCGAGCCUUCCUUCAUGUCCAAUCUCUUGACUAUACCAUUCAAGCAGACUUACACUCUGAACAUAAAGGAACCCGUUCGAGAAUAUCUUCUUGCACAUAGUUCCAGUCAUCCUGAUGAAUUUCGAAACGACAUCACCCGGUGGCAGAGUUUGCGGCAGGACGGUGUUGGGGGUGCGGUUCACGUUGAUCGGACCAAUGGGGCGUUGAGAUACCAUGCUCAGCUAUUGUCGAUCUUGGCGAAACUCCCCGUUGAUGUGUGAAGCGGAUCGUCGACCGGUCUUGUUGUUGCUCAUGGAAAGCCGCAGAUUUCCCUUGAGAUCGCAUACGCACCAGUUUUCAGUCCCAAUGGCCUUCCUGUUAUACUGAAAGACCUCGCAUUCGAACGUGCCGGGGUCUUGUUCAAUCUAGCGGCGUUAUACUCCCAACUCGGGGACUCCCAGGAUCGCUCAAAUGCAGACGGCAUCAAGCGUGCCAUUGCGAACUUCCAGGUUCUUCUGCUUCACAUCUGUGAUGUACAAGUUCUCAAGCAUCGGCCAGCAAGCUGCCGGAACGCUGUCUUAUUUGAGAACAUCUGCUCUCCCGCAAUACAAGAUCGAUUUGUCUCCAGACCGGGACGACACGUUGCUUGACCUUUCUGAGCAUUUCGUGCACAGCUUGGAAUGGCUCAUGUUGGCUCAAGCUCAAGAAUGCUGGUGGCAAAACGCUAAACUGAGUAACUACAAAAACACUCUCUUGGCCAAAUUAGCCGCUCAGACUGAGAUUCUGUACCGAUCUGCGAUGAACACUAUCCGCAAUGCGAGCCCAGCAAUUGCCCAAGUUUUUCCCCUUGGAUGGGUUUCGCAUAUUGAGGCCAAGAUGUAUCACUUUGAGGCCGUGUCACAGUAUCGCCAGAGCGUAGCCGAACUGGAAGCAAGCAAAUAUGGUGUCGAGCUAGCGCGACUUGAUCGAGCGAAAAUGGCUGCUAAGCAGGCCUAUGAUAUCGCAAGGCGAGGGAGGGCAAGCGCGUCAGUCAUGCAAGAUGCCCAGUCUCUGCUAGAUGCUGUACAAAAGGACUUUACACGGGCCGAACGGGACAAUGACCUCAUUUACCAUGAAGACAUCCCACCUUCUUCGGCACUUCCAGCUAUCGUGCCAUCGGAUAUCGCCAAGUUGACUAUAGUUCCCGGACUGUCGAAUCCAACUAGUCUCAUCGGCAACGAGGGGCCUCUAUUUGGCGCUCUUAUGAGUUGGGGCGCGAGAGCCGCCAUAGAUAUAUACGAGGAUCGGAAAGAUAAUCUCGUCAAGGAGCAGAUUUUAGAUGGAGCUCAGCGUCUGAAGGAUCUAGCAGACGAUUUCCUUCAGCAACGGAAUUUGCCAUCUGCUCUAGAAGCCAUAGAGCGGACAUCUGGAUUGCCCUCCAGUGUGCUACAAAAGGCGGAAGACAUCCGACGGGAGGGCGGCCCAGCACGUAUAGAAAGUUCGCUGGAGGAUGUUCACCGGCUUGCACAACAAGAUGCAGAUAUAUUGAACGACGCCAUGGAUAUUCUGGAUAACGAAGCGUCUGAAGACGAGACGAUGCGAGAGUCGGGCGAUAUUGACCGUUUGCCCUCGCACGUAGCCAACGCCGAUUUAAUCAGCAAAGAACGGAGAUAUCGUGACAUACUUUCACGUGCUUCAGACAGCGACGAGACAGUCCGCGAGAAAUGGGAUGAAUGGGAAGCCAAUAUUAUGCUUUUGGCCGGUGACCCAGCAGAACUCGAGGCCGCAGUCCCUUCAACAAAACCGAGCAAUUCAAGGCGGGGAAGUGAAGGCCCUGCCAUGCAACAGCAUGCUCGUGCCUUGCGGGUUGCGCUCGAGGCAUUGGACAGUCUCCAUCGUUCCCUGGACGAUUUCGUCGCUCGUGCCCAGAGUCUCGCCAAGGCUGAUAACAUCCAUAAUCGCAUCGCAUCCGUGGCAUCCGGGUUAGAAAAGCUGGCGGAAGUCAAGCCUGACAUGUUUGAGGAAGUGAUGGAUCAAGAAUUGUCAAAAUACGACAAGUUUCUGCAAGAACUAGAGCGAGCCGGCGAAAAACAGAAAGGCUUGUUGAGAACGAUCGAUUCGUCCAACGAGAAGUUCGUCGAGAGUCGACGGGAUGACCCCGCUGUCAGAGCAAGGGAAGAGGCUCUGCGGGUACUCGAACUCGGAUACCACAAGUAUCGGGAGAUAGUCAAGAAUUUGAACGAGGGAAUCCAGUUCUACAACGAUCUGGCUCAGAUAUUCACCGAUUUCAAGGCAACGUGCAAGAACUGGAGUGCCCAACGCAGUGCUGAGAUCCAAGCGGCGUUAGUAGUUGCGAUGGAGCAGUCAACGCUGGAGGCUUCUCCCCCACCUCAACCACCCAUCGAGCCGACCCGCCCCGUCAAACGGGGCAUCGGACUUCCUGCGCUUACAUCUGACGAUUGGGGCUUUGAAGAGGUGUCCUUACCGCCGGCGCCGCGUUGAAGGCCGUAUUACGUUAUGUAGAGAUGGCUGUACUUGGAUGCUGUACUCGUACCGCUUCAACAUCAUGGAUCGAUCUCUGUCUGCACCUUAGAAUCCUUCUGUCUACCACCACCAUGAGCUUCGAUAGUCCCCAGUUCCAGGCUCCCCCGACAUAUGCAGCCUCCCAGGCGCCUCCCUCCGGCUUUCGCAUUGCUCUGGACACCCAUACCCACAUCAACAAGCAGGACCUCGAUCGCGCUGGGCAUAUACCCUUUCGAGAUCUAGAUGGCUCCCCCAUCUACGUCGGGUCGGCGAUAUUUACUCGCGAGGAUGGAUCCCAGAAGUCUGUCCACCCCUGCAAGAUCGGCCCGCAUCUCCAACCGUCUGCAUGCGCUGUAGCCUAUGGUGGGGAGGAACACUGCCACAGCGGUCGCUACGACCUGCUCAUCAUUGACGAACGUACAAUGGAAUGGGUUCAGACCUCCCACGGGCGCAUUCCCGAGGGACGUAAUCCGGUCGAAGGCGGGGUGCGUGACUAGUCAAUAUGCUCCACGCUCCGCAGCGCGCCAUUCUCCCGGUUGGGAGAAGGCUGCUCUUGUUCUCGACGUUCCGGCGCUUAUGCUCAGUCUUUAGUAUGAAGAGAACAUCCGAGACAAGCUCUACCAUGCUGCCGCGCAAAUCAACGGAAUCAUGGUUCCAGGCAAGACGGGCCAACAUCUGUAUGAAGCUUUUCGUUCCGUCUGUGCUUCAUCCUGAAUGUUUCUCAGCGGCGGUGCUAACAUCUCGUUUGGUGGAGGAGAACACGCUGUUCACGAGAACUACCUGAUCCUGUUCGCAUCUUUGCUGUCCACCCGUCCUUCGCAUGUUCAUUCUGUCCUUUAGCUGCUGGAAGCCUGCGCAAAACGGGUGGUAAGUGAUGAGACGCGGAGAUCGGACUCGGGAAAUGCGGUUAGCUGCGGAGUUGCCGACCCUGCUCCUUCUCCUAUACAUGUAACACUUAAAUCCAAUGCAACUUCUACCUCCAGCGCUUCUUUGCCAUCCUGGAGCCCCUCGCCACCACAGCGACAAUGAGUAAAACACAGGCAUCGACUCUGAUAGCUCUCGCGG